CCCUGCCAUGAAGGUCCUGCUGGUCCUGCUAGUCGCCGUCGUCGCUGUGGCCGUGGCCAGGCCCGGCUACCUGGGCGCCGCCCACGGCGUGAUCGCCGCCGCCCCCGCCUUGGUGGCCGCGCCCCACGCCGUCGUCGCCGCCCCCGCAGUCCACCCGGGCUACGCCGCCUACGGCCCCGCCCACAUCGCCGUCGGCCCCGGCGGCUACGUGCAGGACACCCACGACGUGGCCGCCGCCCGCGCCGCCCACCUGACCGCCGUCGCCCAGACGCAGGCGCGCGACGCCCACAUCAACGGCGCCGCCGCCCACGCCGCUGCCGCCGCCCACGCUGCCGCCGCCGCCCACGCCGCCCCCGCCGUCCUCGCCCACGCAGCGCCCGCCGUCGUCGCCGCUCCAGUGCUGGCCGGCGCCCACGGGCUGCUGGGAGCGCAUGGACUCGGCCUGGCUCACGGCUACCACGGUUAGACGCGUCCCAGCAGCUGCCGUGUCAUCGAUUUCAUCCCCAUAAUGACGAAGAACGUGUGCACGUCAAACAAAAUCACCCCCUUGUUGAUCAUUAUACAUCGUUGUAAAUUGUAAAUAAAUAUAUAUUUUUGCAUUUUA